UUCCGCGCUGAUUCCGUUGCUCUUCCGUGCCGAUUGAGGAAGAUGGAGGCCGGUGCUUCGUCCUCUGGAGGCACCGCCGCUCUCGUUACAGAGGCUCAGUUUACUCAGCUUUUCAGAAAACUCUUGAAGAAAGAAGGAGUUUUGAACUCCCAUUAUCGAGUGCAAAAACUUCCUGAUGGGACCACAGCGUUGCCUAUACUUGGUCAAAGCUUCACAGUGCAGCAUCUACAACAGCUGAAAGAGAGCAUACCACAUGGAAAGGCCUGCGCUCUGACAUGGAUGCAUAAUCCUAUUCCUUCGAAAGCAGCUAUGAUACGUUCACCCAUUCAGAAACUGCACAGUGAGCUACAACACCUCAUGUCAACCCAUGGUGCUGCUUGGUCAGAAGAGCUGGAGAAAGAUCUGCCACGGUCCUGGCAGAGGCAUGGGGACCUCGUUCUUCUAAGCGAGGAUUGCUUUAGAGCAAAGCAGUGGAGAGAAUUGGGCCAAGGACUUUGGCAGGUGGUUGCUGAUGCUUUGGGGGCCCGGCGUUUAGCCAAACGGGGCCGAGUGCAACCAGAUUUCUUUCGUUCUCCUGCUGUGACCCUGUUGCUGGGCGAGGAUGGUUGGGUUGAACAGGUGGACAAUGGAAUCAGAUACAGCUUUGAUGUGACCCAGUGCAUGCUGUCUCCCGGAAACAUUACCGAAAAGUUACGGAUAGCCUCCAUGUUAUGCACAGGAGAAGUAGUGGUGGAUCUUUAUGCUGGGAUUGGCUAUUUCACUCUGCCAUACUUAAUUCACGCCAGUGCUGCUUUUGUCCACGCUUGUGAGUGGAACCCCCAUGCUGUGGAAGCUCUACAGAAGAACCUGCAACUGAACGGCGUCCAGGAUCGAUGCCACGUUCACCAGGGGGAUAAUAGGAAGGUGGAACUACGGGAUGUGGCUGACAGAGUAAAUCUGGGAUUGAUCCCGACGUCGGAGGAAGGAUGGCCAGUUGCUUGCCAGGUCUUGAGAAAGGAUGUCGGAGGGGUCCUUCACAUACACCAAAACGUGGAGGCUUUGCCCGGAAAGGCACUCAAGGUGUCCCAGCAACCAGAGGAGAAUCAGUCACCUAAGCAGGGUCCCACCCAAGCAAUAUCCCACAGCCAAGAAGACCGAGUAGCUCUGAAGGACCAUGAUGUUCUCCAGAAGGUUGGACAAUCAUUCAUGGCUUCAGCCAAACAAGAAUGGCAGGGCUGGGCAGCGGUCACGGCGACACGGAUCCAGAAUUUGCUUCAGGACCUGGAUAGGAAACCUUGGAAAACCCAAAUCUUGCAUCUUGAACAUGUGAAAUCGUACGCCCCUCAUGUAGACCAUCUAGUCUUGGAUCUAGAUUGCCGGCCACUUGAGUAGCAUAGGGAGAAUGUCUCCCCUCCGUUUCAGGGGAUCUUGGAAGAAGCAGGGCAUGAGUACCGCAUUCUGGAUCUUCUUCACGAGCUGCUCCCCACUUUUUGGGAACCUGAAGUUGAUUAUUGUGGCCCGCCAGCUGCCAGUGGAGCUGGAACUGGCAGCGGACUCGGAUGAUGAGGAGGUUGGGGAAGAA